UGAUUUUCUUACAGUGAAUGAGCUGAUUUUGAAACAUAGGCAACGAAUUGAAGAGAAGAAGAUUAAAUUAGAUGUCCAGAGUACGCAAGGUUUAACAGAAUUUAAUGAUUUGCUACAAGACAGUAGUGGAUGGGAAUUGGAGGAUGUUAACCUGAUGUUGGAAGUAUUGCAUAAUAAGAAAAGGUUAUUAGAAGCGGAUAGCAUCGCAGCACAGAAUCAAAUUUUAAAAGAAUUUCUACACCAGUUAAAACUUGUCAAACAAGAACAACUGGAUGAGCUAACAAGGCAACUCUUAACAAUUGAGAAUGAUGUGAAACGUGUAGAGGAAAUGAUAGCUUCACAUCAGUCUAUUUAUUCACAUUCCAUAUUGGACUCCAAGAGUCAAAUAAACAGCACCGAUGCAGUAGUGCCAUCAACUAGUCAUGAACCAAAAUCUCAAGCUUUAGAGAAACCAGUUGUUGUGAAGGACUCUGCACAGCAAGCAUUCAAUAGCAGCAAAAGCGGUAAUAAGCAGAUCUGGCUGAAUUCAACAUUAGCUUCACGGCGGAAAAGACUUCAUCAACAUUUUGAUGACUUGCAAGAAUGCUACUUCAAUGUGAGGCAGAGUCAGCUUGUACCAAGCGACAGUGACAGUGAUUUAUUAUCUCAAUUUACAGAAAGUUUAAAUAAGUUUACGAGGUUCAGUUCAAUGAGGCCAUUAGCGACUUUAAAUUAUGCCAGUGAUAUUUACAAUGGUUCUAGCAUAGUAUCCAGCAUUGAAUUUGACAGAGACUGUGAGUUCUUUGGCAUAGCUGGUGUCACAAAGAAAAUUAAAGUAUUUGAAUAUGGUACAGUUAUUCAAGAUGCAGUCGAUAUACAUUAUCCAGUCAAUGAGAUGAUCUGUAAUUCAAAAAUUAGUUGUAUUUGUUGGAGUGCCUAUCACAAGGGUAUGCUAGCUAGUAGUGAUUAUGAAGGCACAGUAACAUUAUGGGAUGCGUUCAAUGGAACCAAAACCAGGUUAUUUCAGGAACAUGAGAAACGAUGUUGGAGUGUUGAUUUCAAUAAAAUGGACCCCAAGUUAAUAGCAUCAGGUUCAGAUGAUGCAAAAGUUAAACUUUGGUCAACUAAUAUGGAGCAUUCAGUUACAUGUCUAGAAGCCAAGGCUAAUGUUUGUUGUGUGAAAUUCAACCCUACUCAGAUGUAUCUCUUAGCAUUUGGAUCAGCAGAUCACUGUGUGCAUUACUACGAUUUAAGAUAUACACGACAAGCACUUCAGGUUUUUAAAGGACACAGGAAAGCUGUAUCUUAUUGUAAAUUUGUAAACUCAGAAGAACUUGUCUCAGCUUCAACUGAUAGUCAAUUGAAGUUGUGGACUGUUACUAAGCCGCACUGUGUGAGGACAUUCCGAGGUCAUAUAAAUGAGAAGAACUUUGUAGGGCUAGCAGCUAAUGAAGACUACAUUGCUUGUGGCAGUGAAAACAAUGCUCUUUAUGUUUAUUACAAGGGACUUUCUAAACAGCUGUUGACUUUUAAAUUUGACACAGUCAGGAGUGUGCUGGAUAAAGAUAAGAAAGAAGAAGACGCUAAUGAGUUUGUUAGUGCAGUUACCUGGAGAACUGGCUCCAAUGUUCUAGUUGCUGCUAACAGCCAGGGCACUAUCAAAGUCUUAGAAUUGGUGUAGAAAGUUGGUCACUGGAGUAAAGUAUAGGUGCAAUAUCCUGUUCCACAAUAAGGACAGGCUCUUACAUCAAUUGGUCUACUGGGCUUUCACUGUUGCAGUCAUUACUACAGUCUAUCAGUUGCUGAAUUUGUUAUGUGAUCUCUGAAUUCUAGAUUUUGUUGCAAAAUAAGCAAUGUUGGCAAUCACAAAUCUAUUUCAAGAGGUUACCAGUAAACACUCGAGGCAUGCAAAGCUUUCUAAUUUUUGCUACAAGCAGUGAUAUUUAUUGCCUUUAUUAGAAUUACUUGACAGUUAUACCACUGACACCUCCUCCCCAUUAUUCUUUUCUAGUGCUAUUAUAAAGUUAUCUUUUUCUGAAAGGCAUGUACUCAUGCUCAGCUCCUUUACUACAAAUGCCCAGCUGUAUAGUAUUUUGUAUAUUUGGUUGAAAACUAAAUGAAUGAUGUAUGUUCAAUCUAAGUUGAUAACCAGAAAAAUGCCCAGAAUUCACACAUUUGCUGCUUUAUUUUGGUGGAAACAAACAUGUUUUAUAAUCCUAUUGCCUAUGGUGGUCAAUGUAGACAUAUCUGUACUUUAUUUGGUGGUAAAUUAAAUACUCUUAUCAAAAUUU